AUAAAAGUCAUUAUCUCACAAAAUAAACACCCUUUCUCCUCUUUCAUUUUGCUCUCUCAGACAAACGCCCGUAACGGGAUGUUCUCACCAUAACGCCGUUAAAUCCGAGCCCGUUUCAACACGUGUUGUAAGGAAACGGAGGAAUAUUCCGUUUUCUUUUUAAUCUAAUGGCACUGGAACAGCUGGGGUUGGGAGUAGUGAGCGCCGUUGACGGCGAAGGUAACGGCGUUACGCAAGGCGGUGGAGAGAACAGUGCGCCGUCAAACGAAGGCGGAGAUGACGGCGUUAAGACGGCGAGGUUGCCUCGUUGGACGAGACAAGAGAUCCUAGUGCUGAUUCAGGGGAAGAGAGUGGCGGAGAACAGAGUCCGGCGAGGAAGAGCGGCGGGUAUGGCUCUCGGGUCGGGUCAAAUGGAGCCGAAGUGGGCUUCGGUAUCAUCUUACUGUAGGCGUCACGGCGUGAAUCGCGGCCCGGUUCAGUGCCGGAAAAGGUGGAGUAAUCUCGCCGGAGAUUACAAGAAGAUAAAGGAAUGGGAGUCUCAGAUUAAGGAGGAGACGGAUUCUUAUUGGGUUAUGAGGAACGAUGUUCGCCGAGAGAGGAAGCUUCCUGGUUUUUUCGACAAGGAAGUUUAUGAUAUUGUCGAUGGCGGCGUGGUUCCUCCGGCGAUUCCUCCGGGUCUUGCACUUGGCUUGGCUCCGGCGUCGGCGGAGGGAUUGUUGUCUGAUGUUGAUCGGAGAGAGCUGGUGAGAAGUCCAGAUAAGUUGAAUUCGUCUCCCAAAGCGAUUGAGGAUGUUAUAAACAAGGAGAAGCAAGCAGCUUGUGGAGCAGAUCAAGGUAGACUGAAAGAGAAACAUUUAGAAGCAGCUAACCCGGAAGCUGGGUCGACAUCACAAGAAGAGAGAAAGCGUAAACGAACAUCUGCUGGUGAAGAAGAAGUAGAAGAAGAAGAAGAAGGAGAAGCGACAAAAAGCAUGCAGAAUCAGUUGAUACAGAUACUAGAAAGAAACGGGCAGUUAUUGGCGGCACAACUUGAGGUUCAGAAUUCAAACUUAAAACUAGACAGGGAGCAAAGAAAAGAUCACGGUGAUAACUUAGUCGCUGUUCUCAAUAAGCUCGCAGAUGCCGUGGCAAAAAUCGCAGAUAAAUUGUAGAUAUAGUACUAUUUAUGUAAAUUUAGUCGUAUAUUACUUCAACAUCACUUCUCAUUAUUCUUCUUCUCCUUUUUUUUUCUCUCAUUUUACCACCAUUGUUGAUCGAAAUAUUGAUGCCACACAGUAUAAAUCUCCAUG